GUCAGAAAUCAAGAACUCUCGCAUCUGUACACGUACUAUGGCGCUCACAGUGUCAAUUUUUCUAGCCUGCACCACAGCGGUGCUUGGCUCCGUCCAUACCUCUCCUUACGGCCACCCUCAGCCUGCCUACGGCCACGCUCAGCCUGCCUACAGCCACGCUCAGCCUGCCUACGGCCACCAACCCGCCUACAAGCACAGCUACUGUGACCCAACGGACACCCCCACCUGCGCCGCCAACUCCACCCUCACCUACUGCCUGGAGGACGCUGAGUACCCCGAGUAUGAGAUCAAGGGCGCCAUCAGUGCUGACCAUAUCUUCGCCAAGAAGUACGCUGAUGUGGCCGACCAGUCAGCUGAUGACCUGGUCGACAUGGUGACCAAGGAGCAGGAAGAGGCCUUCGACUACUCCUACUACACUGGUGCCUCCACUGGUGACUCUCCCUACGAUGCCACCCACUGGGGUGGUCCCGAGGGCUACAUCUGCCCCUCUGACGUCGCCUACGCCAGGCCCAGACGUGCCCAGAAUGUAGAGGGCAAGUGGCGCGUUAUUGUCAACGAUGUUCACUACUACACUCAGACCGCCCGCCUGGAGACUUGUCUCUUCCCUGAAGCUGCUUGCCGCGCCCUUGCUCCCUGCUACAAGAGUCACUGCACCCAGAAGUACGUCUACCACCGCCUCCUGUCCUUCGACCCCUGUGAUCCCUACAAGGGUCUCUUCAUCGACAUCUACAAGAUGCCAUCUGCCUGCUCUUGCCACAUCCCCGCUUGAUAACAAUGCCCGCCUUACCCCCCUCCAAUUUACCGAAGCCCUACCCUCCUCGACCCCACAACGCCGCCGUGCCAGACUAGAAUAUUGACACUGUUUGCCCAUCUUCUACUGUCGAUUAGAUCCCGGGGGCGCCCGCAUCACAGGGGCGUCCCUCAGACUCGCGUGAGAAGCUCCCAAGAGACCUAGAGAACUGCUUUCUUUACGUACCGCCCAACACCAUCAGUCACAGGGACCACUUGGGAAUUUCUGUACCCGCUCGGAGUCCGGAUGCUAAAUUAUUCAUUAUUUCAAAUUUUCUUUCUCUUCUACUGUCCAGUAACUUAUGUCAUAACAUGUGAGUGCGAGAUGCUGAGAGUUCUUGUAAUUAUUUUUUAAAAUAAACAAAAAAUCUGA